GCUUCUCCCGGCAAUCUUUCUCAGUUUGAAGAUGUUCUCUUCGGUCACAAUGAUAUGGCAGCUUCCGUUGGUGUUGUGGGCAUUAAAAUGUCUGUGCUUGAUGGUCAGAGGCAGGUUGGGGUUGGCUAUGUUGACUCCACACAGAGGAAGCUGGGACUGUGUGAAUUCCCCGAUAAUGACCAGUUCUCCAAUCUGGAAGCUCUCCUGGUUCAGAUCGGACCAAAGGAAUGUGUCUUACCUGGAGGGGAGACCGCCGGGGACAUGGGGAAGCUGCGGCAGAUUAUUCAGAGAGCAGGAAUUUUGAUCACAGAAAGAAAAAAAGCUGACUUCUCCACAAAAGACAUUUACCAGGACCUCAACCGGUUGUUAAAAGGCAAAAAAGGAGAACAGGUGAAUAGUGCUGUCUUGCCAGAAAUGGAAAAUCAGGUAGCAGUUUCAUCACUGUCUGCAGUCAUCAAGUUCUUGGAACUCCUAUCUGAUGAUUCAAAUUUUGGGCAGUUUGAACUAACUACGUUUGACUUCAGCCAGUACAUGAAAUUGGAUAUUGCAGCAGUUAAAGCCCUUAAUCUUUUCCAGGGUUCUGUGGAAGACACCGCCGGCUCUCAGUCUCUGGCUGCGUUGCUGAAUAAGUGCAAAACCCCGCAAGGACAGAGGCUUGUUAACCAGUGGAUUAAGCAGCCUCUCAUGGAUAAGAACAGAAUAGAGGAGAGAUUAAAUUUAGUGGAGGCUUUUGUGGAAGAUGCAGAAUUGCGGCAGAGUCUGCAAGAGGAUUUGCUUCGGCGAUUCCCGGAUCUUAACCGUCUUGCCAAGAAAUUCCAGAGACAAGCUGCAAAUUUACAGGAUUGUUACCGGCUCUACCAGGGUAUCAAUCAACUCCCUAACGUCAUACAAGCCCUGGAAAAAUACGAAGGAAGACACCAGGCAUUGUUGUUGGCUGUGUUUGCGGCUCCUCUUGUUGACCUUCGUUCUGAUUUCUCCAAGUUUCAGGAAAUGAUAGAAACGACUUUAGAUAUGGAUCAGGUGGAAAACCAUGAGUUCCUUGUGAAACCUUCCUUUGAUCCGAAUCUGAGUGAAUUAAGAGAAGUAAUGGAUGACUUGGAAAAGAAGAUGCAGUCCACGUUAAUAAGUGCAGCUCGAGACCUCGGAUUGGAACCUGGCAAGCAGAUUAAAUUGGAUUCCAGUGCACAGUUUGGAUACUACUUUCGCGUCACCUGUAAGGAAGAAAAAGUCCUUCGUAACAAUAAAAACUUCAGUACUGUGGAUAUCCAGAAGAACGGUGUUAAAUUUACCAACAGUAAGUUGUCCUCUUUGAAUGAAGAAUAUACUAAAAAUAAAGGCGAAUAUGAGGAAGCCCAGGAUGCCAUUGUUAAAGAAAUUGUCAAUAUAUCUUCAGGCUAUGUAGAACCGAUGCAGUCGCUCAAUGAUGUGUUGGCUCAGCUAGACGCUGUGGUCAGCUUUGCCCACGUGUCCAAUGGAGCACCUGUUCCGUAUGUGCGGCCCGCCAUCCUGGAGAAGGGACAAGGAAGAAUCAUACUGACAGCGUCCAGACACCCUUGUGUGGAAGUUCAGGAUGAAGUUGCGUUUAUUCCUAAUGACGUACACUUUGAAAAAGACAAGCAGAUGUUCCACAUCAUUACUGGCCCCAAUAUGGGAGGUAAAUCAACGUACAUUCGCCAGACCGGGGUGAUAGUACUUAUGGCGCAGAUCGGCUGUUUUGUGCCCUGCGAGUCGGCGGAAGUGUCCAUUGUGGACUGCAUCCUGGCUCGGGUGGGGGCUGGUGACAGUCAGUUGAAAGGCGUCUCCACGUUCAUGGCCGAGAUGCUGGAAACUGCUUCCAUCCUCAGGUCUGCAACCAAAGAUUCUUUAAUAAUCAUCGAUGAAUUGGGAAGAGGAACCUCUACCUACGAUGGCUUUGGGUUAGCCUGGGCUAUCUCAGAGUACAUUGCGACAAGGAUCGGUGCUUUUUGCAUGUUCGCAACUCAUUUUCAUGAACUUACUGCGUUAGCCAAUCAGAUACCAACUGUUAAUAACCUGCACGUCACAGCGCUGACCACUGAUGAGACCCUAACUAUGCUGUAUCAGGUGAAGAAAGGUGUCUGCGAUCAGAGCUUCGGGAUCCACGUGGCAGAGCUCGCGAAUUUCCCUCAGCAUGUGAUAGAGUGCGCCAGACAGAAAGCCCUGGAACUCGAGGAGUUCCAGAGCAUCGGAGCCGUACAGGGACGCGACGGCGGGGAACCGGCAGCAAAGAAGUGCUGCCUGGAGAGAGAGCAAGGUGAAAAGAUCAUUCAGGAGUUUCUGUCCAAGGUGAAGCAAGUUCCCUUUACUGGAAUGUCAGAAGAAAACAUCACAAAAAAGUUAAAACAGCUGAAAGCUGAGGUGAUGGCAAAGAAUAACAGUUUUGUGAAUGAAAUCAUUUCACGAAUAAAGGCUACUGCGUGAGGAAACUGCAAUGGAUUGAAGACAGUAUUGAAGCUGUUACGCAUGUGUAUUGUUUUAUAUUAACCCUUUUCCCAUAGUGUUGGUACCAGUGCCUUGGGAUAUCAGCUGAACUAUUUAGUAAUACUUUAUCUGCGUGCAUUUUCAAAGACCUUUGAAGAUUGAGUGUAACUGAUGGCCAUUUAAAUAGAUAUGGGCGGGGCUGGGGAUUUAGCUCAGCGGCACAGCGCCUGCCUGGCACGUGCAAGGUCAUGAGUUCGAUUUCUGGUACCGGAAAACAAACAAACAAAAAAUAAAUAAAUAAAUAGAUAUGGGCAAUAGUAAGCAGUAUGCGGAAUUUUAUAAAUAAAGCUCGUAUAGUUUGUGAAUUUGAA